AUACCGGGGGCACGCCGAAAGGCACAGAAUUUUGGUUUUACUUGAAGCAAAGAAGUCAGUUUAAAACCAACUUUUGGAAUGCCCUGUGGGGAGAUGCAUCUGUGACAUGGAGUUUGUGUUUGGUCAUCUGCAAUCUGAGGCAACAGUGUGUGUGCUAUAUGAUAGAAGAAUUAAUUGUGGAGACAAUUAUAAGGAACUGAUUUUAAGAUGUUAGUGUCUCAUGCCAAGUAAUCCAAGUUUCGGAUGCCUAGCAGCCCAAGAGUAAAAAAAAAAUACUUUUUUGUAAACAUUGGUGCAAAAAGAGCAAGCAGUCAAUACAUACUUUACCAUGUGUUCCCUGAUUCUUUAGCACUGAAACUUUCAUUACACUGAAAUCAUGGUAUGAGGAUUGGUGGAGAAGAUCCUCCCCCCAUCCCCAGCACACAUCCAGCAACUAGAGACUGUGUCAAGAUGACCUCUGAGGAGAUGACAGCGUCUGUUCUCCUCUCUGUGGUACAGGGUAAAGUGAUAGCUGCCCAGUCAGCUGGAGAUGAAAAUACUGAAAAUGCUUUGGACACCAGUGUUAUAAGAAGACAUGCAGCCAGUUCGGGAAGGCAAACCACACACAAUCUGUCUUACUUACACAGACUUGAAGAAGAAAGUCUUCAGGGCUCAGUGCCCAAAAUAUUCCCUCUGGCCAAAGAACAACUGGCUAACGACAAGAGUAAUGAAAAUUUCUGGGAGAGGAACAGCUCCAUCUCUGAUUCAGUGGAAUUUCUUAACAUUAACUGUAACGUUGUACAGAAAAACUACAAGAGCAAUAUCUCCUGCAGCCAGUUGUAUCAGUCAUGUGCUCCUUUAGCAGGGGAAGAGGCAUGCCUGGAAACUGGAAUUCCUGUUUCUCUGGAAAGAGCCAUGCUUGCUGAAAUUCAGUUGAAAAUGAAUGGACCUUCAUUAAGAAGCCAGACAGCAGUAAAUAAGAAUGACAGCAGUGAUCCUGAUAAAGUGGCCUUUUUUCACUUGCAUUGUGCUAGUGAAAGGAAUAUAUCAAAGGCUUUGUGUGGUUUACACAACAGCUUCAUUUUGGAUGACUGCUUGCAGCCCGUGAGUGAUGGUGAUGGUAACACCACUGGUUCCCCAGCCUGCACUUGCAGCAUAAUGCAGUUGACAAAUAAUUGUGAGAAUAAAAAUGGACAGCAGUUGUACGAAGAUGCUUUAAGGGAUAAGUACUUAUGUCUGGAAAGAGCACCACAAAAGGUUAAAGUGGCGUGCUCAGGUCACAGCUUCUGUGGAAAUAACUUUACUGGAAGAAUGCCCUCAAAGCCCUUUCUGAGCCAUUUUAAGGACUGCAAUGAUAACUGUGAAGAAGAGCUGGAAGAGGAUUUUUUUAGAAACAAAAAGGAACGUUCUACAUUAUUAAUAAGACGUUUCUGUAAAAAUGAUAAAGAGGUUAAAAAAUCAGUUUAUACUGGAACAAGAGCAAUUUUUAGGACUUUACCAUUGGGGCACAUAGGAACUGUUGCUUGGAAUUAUGUUGAGCAAAGGAGAAACAACUGUGGCAUGAAGAUUUCUAGGAUUACAACAGAACAGCUAACUAUAAUUCAGUCCCUAAUAAAAUGGAAAUUUAAUUCCAGUCCUGAGAAGUCUUUAUGGUAUGAGAUCUUCAGUACAGUGACAGAAGAAGAGGAAGGAGCAGAAGAUAUUUUUGAAUAUAUUCCUCAUCUUCUGAGAAAGCUCCCAAUAUCUGUUACAGACUGUAUAUACAAAGGAGAUGGUUUUUGUGUAAAACCAUGUGUAACAGGUGCUUACUGUCAAUAUCGUGCCACUUUACAGAGGACUGCACUCUCUAACUAUAUAACUGGUGCUUUACUAGAAGCAACUACAUCAUUAGGAGCAAGAAGUGGUCUUUUAAAUAUCUUUGGAGGAUCAACUGGAAGAACAAUGCUUAAAGAACGCCAAGCGUGUACAUCCAUGGCUGGCUCCAGCGUCCUUCCCUCCAGCAUGGCCGGUAUCAGCAAGGAGCUGCUGGAGCUGCAGCACCUGAUCCAGUUCCCGGAGGAGGUUGCCAGCAUUCUGACCGAGCAGGAGCAGGAGCUCUACCGCAAAGUCCUACCCAUCGACUACCUCUGCUUUCUGACCAGGGAUCUGGGUAGUGCUGAGUGUCAAAGCAAGCUGCCAUCUCUUAAGGCAUCCAUAUCUGCUACUAUUCUUUCUUCUCACAAUGGUGAACAUAAUGCUGUAGAAGAUCUUGUGACCAGGUUUAAUGAGGUGAGCUCGUGGGUUACCUGGCUGAUCCUGACUGCAGGCUCUAUGGAGGAGAAACGAGAAGUCUUCUCAUAUUUGGUACACGUGGCAAAAUGCUGCUGGAAUAUGGGCAACUACAAUGCUGUAAUGGAAUUCCUGGCAGGGCUAAGGUCAAGAAAAGUUUUAAAAAUGUGGCAAUUUAUGGACCAGUCUGAUAUUGAAACCAUGCGAAGUCUGAAGGAUGCUAUGGCACAACAUGAGUCAUCAUCUGAAUACAGGAAAGUGGUCAACCGGGCACUCAAUAUUCCAGGCUGUAAAGUUGUUCCUUUCUGUGGUGUAUUUUUAAAAGAGCUCUGUGAAGUUUUGGAUGGAGCAUCAAGCCUCAUCAGACUCUGUCCACGAUAUAACUCCCAGGAUGAAACACUAGAGUUUGUUUCAGAUUACAGUGGACAAGAUAAUUUCUUACAACGAGUAGGCCAAGAUGGUUUAAAUAAUCCAGAAAAAGAAUCAACAACAAACAAUAUCUUCCAAACUAUCCGGAGCUGCAGUCGCAGUUUGGAGUCUGAGGAGGGUGAAGAUAAUGUCAGUGAAGGGAGCAAUUCAAGGAAAAACUCCUUGAAGGACAAAAACCGCUACCAGGCAGCACAUGUAAAGAAAGCCCCUGGUCCAGCUCAGGCUCUAUUUCUCAUCGGAGACCUUUCAGAUUCUGAAAGUGACAUAUUUGAGCAGUUGAAAGAAUGGGACACAAGUUCAACAGAAGAGCAGCAGAAGGCUUUCUGCCAUGGGAUAGAACUGAUUCCCUGGUACGUGCUGUCCAUCAGGGCUGACGUGCAUCAGUUCAUGCAGCAAGGGGCAACCGUCAUUCAUUACGACCAGGACACGCAUCUCUCUGCUCGUUGCUUUCUCCAGCUCCAGCCUGACAACAGUACUUUGACUUGGACAAAACCCACAACAGUUUGCCCUGCAAAUGCUAAGGCAAAACUGGGUGUGAUGGGCAAUACUGCUGAGCUUGGUAAAUACCAGUUUCUUGGUAAUACUGGACUGGUAGAAGGCUUUUUGGACUUGUUUUCAGCCAAGGCUGUAUAUAUGGGACACUCAGGCAUUGAUAUGCACACUGUGUGUGUUCAAAAUAAGCUUUGCAAUAUGUCCCUUGAAGAAAAUGGUAUAACACUACUUUAUGGACUUCAGACUACUGAUAAUAAGUUGCUGCACUUUGUUGCUCCGAAAUACACUGCCAGAAUGCUGUAUGAUGGAUUGCUGGAAUUGACUAAAGCUGUAAGAAAAAUGAGGCGAUUCCCUGAUCAAAGACUACAGUGGCUACGGAAACAGUAUGUCAGCCUUUACCAGGAGGAUGGAAGGUUUGAAGGCCCAACCUUGGCUCAGGCUGUUGAGCUCUUUGGAGGCAGACGAUGGAGUGCAAGAAGUACAGGCACGGGAUCUCUCACCAAAAGCACUGAGAAGCCCAAUGUGCAGAGAAACAACACUCUGGGAAUCAACACAGCUAAGAAAAAGAAGAAAGUACUGAUCAGGGGUGAAAGUGGAGAGGCCACUGAUGAUGAAAUGGCAACUCGGAAGGCAAAAAGCUGUAAGGAAUAUCGUAAUAGAAGUGGUUCAGAUCCUCAAGAUAUUGAUGAACAAGAAGAACCAGAUCAAAAUAUUAUUAUUAAUGCUUCUCCAUCUAACAACUUGCCAUCGAGAAGAGCUCACUCUCUGACAGCAUCUGGAUCUCCCAACUUAGGAGCUACAUCAUCUUCACCAGCGAGACCAGUCUCCUCUCCUGUAAUAUCAUCAAGCAAAAGUCAGUCUAGCACAUGGAGCAGCAGUAGCUGGCAUGGCCGUGUCAAAGGAGGAAUGAAGGGAUUUCAGAACUUUAUGGUGUCUGAUAGUAACAUGACUUUUGUGGAAUUUGUAGAGCUCUUCAAAUCUUUCAGUGUCCGUAGCCGCAAGGAUCUGAAAGACCUUUUUGAUGUUUAUGCUGUGCCUUGCAAUCGAUCUGGCUUAGAACCUGCUCCACUUUAUACUAAUUUGAAGAUUGAUGAAAAUAGCAGUGGAUUCCAGCCUGAUUUAGAUUUGUUGACUAGAAAUGUUUCAGACCUUGGUUUGUUCAUUAAGAGCAGGCAGCAGCUAUCAGACAACCAGAGGCAAAUAUCUGAUGCUAUUGCUGCUGCCAGCAUCGUAACCAAUGGUACUGGAGUUGAAAGCACAUCGCUGGGAGUAUUUGCAGUAGGAAUUCAGCAGCUGAACGACUUCCUAGUGAAUUGCCAAGGAGAACACUGCACCUAUGAUGAAAUCCUCAGUAUUAUCCAGAAAUUUGAACCUAGUGUGAACAUGUGCCAGCAGGGGCUGCUGUCUUUUGAAGGAUUUGCAAGAUUUUUGAUGGAUAAAGACAACUUUGCCUCCAAAAAUGAUGAAUCACAGGAGAAUGCUGAGGACUUGCAGUUUCCUCUCUCAUAUUACUACAUAGAAUCCUCACACAAUACUUACCUUACUGGCCAUCAGCUUAAAGGGGAGUCCUCAGUGGAGCUCUACAGCCAGGUUCUUUUACAAGGCUGCAGAAGUGUAGAAUUGGAUUGCUGGGAUGGUGAUGAUGGGAUGCCCAUCAUUUAUCAUGGGCACACUCUUACUACGAAGAUCUCUUUUAAGGAGGUGGUGGAAGCCAUCGAGCGCAACGCGUUCAUCACCUCCGACAUGCCGGUCAUCAUCUCCAUAGAGAACCACUGCUCGCUGCCCCAGCAGCGCAAGAUGGCCGAGAUUUUCAAGAAUGUGUUUGGAGAUAAGCUGGUGACAAAGUUUUUAUUUGAGAGUGACUUUUCUGAUGAUCCCAUGCUGCCUUCCCCUGGCCAAUUGAGAAGAAAAAUCCUGCUUAAAAACAAGAAGCUGAAAGCUCAUCAAACGCCAGUGGAUAUAUUGAAACAAAAGGCUCAUCAGCUGGCACAUUUGCAAGCACAGGCUAGCAAUGGUGCUAGCAACCCCACACCUACCAAUGAAGAGGAAGAAGAUGAGGAGGAUGAAUAUGACUAUGACUAUGAAUCUCUCUCUGAUGCUGAUGUCCUUAAUGCUUCUCCUGCUCCUAACAGCCAGGAAGAUAAUAUUCUUGAAGAUCGACCAGAGAAUAAAUUAUCAAGUGAUAAACUGCAGUUUGAAUAUAAUGAAGAGAAUGCCAAACGACUAAAGAAGGCUGAUACUUACAAUAAUAAAGGAAAGGUUUAUGACAUGGAGCUGGGUGAAGAAUUCUAUCUUCCACAAAAUAAGAAGGAAAGCAGACAAAUAGCCCCAGAGCUAUCAGAUCUUGUCAUUUACUGUCAAGCUGUAAAGUUCCCGGGCUUGUCAACUCUAAACCCAUCUGGCUCUAGCAGAGGAAAAGAAAGAAAAAGCAGGAAGUCCAUUUUUGGCAACAAUCCUGGCAGGCUGAGCCCUGGGGAGUCAGCUGCUCUUGCCAAAGCAUCUGGAAAAGGUCCUUUCGAUGCGAUGCGGCAGACCUGGGAAGAUCCUUGCUCUCCUUACAACUCUCCAGCCUCCCUCAGUGCCAUCAUAAGGACUCCCAAGUGCUAUCACAUCUCGUCCCUGAACGAGAACGCUGCCAAGCGGCUCUGCAGGCGCUACUCCCAGAAGCUGAUCCAGCACACCACCUGCCAGCUCCUGAGGACCUACCCCGCUGCCACGCGCAUCGACUCCUCCAACCCCCACCCCCUCAUCUUCUGGCUCCACGGUGUGCAGCUCGUGGCUCUGAACUACCAAACAGACGAUCUUCCUCUGCAACUCAAUGCAGCAAUGUUUGAGGCUAACGGUGGCUGUGGAUAUGUUCUGAAACCUCCAGUUCUGUGGGAUAAAAACUGUUCAAUGUACCAGCAUUUUUGUCCAUUGGAAAGAGACCUUGAUAAUAAGGAGCCAGCUAUAUAUUCUUUAACAAUCGUGUCCGGCCAGAACGUUUGCCCCAGCAACAGCACGGGCAGCCCCUGCAUCGAGAUCGAUGUGCUGGGGAUGCCCCUGGACAGCUGCCACUUCCGCACCAAGCCCAUCCACCGCAACACUCUCAACCCCAUGUGGAACGAGCAGUUCCUUUUCCGCGUUCACUUCGAAGAUUUGGUCUUUCUCCGCUUUGCGGUUGUUGAAAAUAACUGCUCAGCUGUAACAGCCCAGAGGAUCAUUCCCCUGAGAGCCCUGAAGAGAGGCUACAGGCAUGUCCAGCUCCAUAACCUACACAAUGAAACAUUAGAAAUUUCCAGUUUGUUCAUAAACAGUCGGAGAAUGGAAGAAAGUCCCUCUGGAAACAGUCUGCCUGCAUCUAUGUUGUUUAGCCCGGGAGAAAGGAAAGCUGCCGUGACUUACAAAGUGACAGUUCAUGGAAUUCCAGGCCCAGAGCCUUUCACUGUUUUCAGUGUGAGCGCGGGGGCCACGGCUGCACAGCUGCUCCAUCAGAUCUUGGCUACCAUAAAAGGCACCGAGUCAUGCGCUGCAGACUAUUUUCUGAUGGAAGAGAAAAGUUUUAUAUCAAAAGAAAAGAGCGAAUGCAAAAAACCACCAUUCCAGAGAGUGAUUGGUCCUGAAGAAGGGCUAGUGCAGCUUUUAAACAGUUGGUUCCCAGAAGAAGGAUAUGUUGGAAGAAUUAUCUUUAAAACUCGAGAGGAAAAUUUAAAUGAGAGAAAUGUCUUUCAAGAAGCAAAGGAAGAAGCAGCUAUCAGCUCUGAGGAUGACAGCUUCUUUGUUCAGGUACAUGAUGUCUCCCCAGAGCAACCACGCACCGUGAUCAAAGCUCCACGCCUCAGCACGGCUCAGGAUGUCAUACAGCAGACUCUCUGCAAAGCCAAAUACUCCUACAGCAUUUUGAGCAAUCCAAACCCAAGUGAUUAUGUGCUUUUGGAAGAGGUGACUAAAGAGCCAGCAAACAAAAAGUCUUCAACAUCUAAACCAUCUCAGAGGAUUCUCUCUGAUCAAGAGUGUGUGUUUCAGGCCCAAAGCAAGUGGAAGGGAGCAGGAAAAUUUAUCCUUAAGCUCAAAGAACAGGUUCAGGCAGCACGAGACGACAAGAGAAAAGGCAUCUCCUUCACCAGUGAGCUGAAGAAGCUGACCAAGUCGAGCAAGCAGUACCGGGGCUUCGUGCCGGCCGCGCUGUCGGACGGCGCCCAGGGCCGGGAGGAGCGAGCCGCGGCCUUCAGCGACAGCGCCGAGUAAUGCGGCAGGUACGAGCCGCCGGCCAGCGCUGAGCAGCCUCGGUGCAGCUGGCACAGAGAAUCCUGCUCCCAAGCGAGCCACAAGGACUGGCAGAAUGAUCCAUAAACGUACACGGGCGUGCAGAGGCACGGUGACAUCAGGAAGGGCUCCAGGUGAACCACAGUGGUGCAGUUUCACUCACUUUCUCUGUCCAUUUAAAACAAAAUGUUGCAUCCCAGUUGUUUUUGCAGUACUCAUUUUUAUCAACAGUUGUGCUUAAAUAGCGAUGCUCUGUUACUCUUUUGCUCUGGGCCACGGCAAAUGGAAGUGAGCAGUAGAGCUUUUAUUGUUUUUUGUUAUGUCCAGAUAACAAAAUCAUCAGGAUUGGUGAUCUUUUUUAGCUAGAACAAGUUUAUAGCGUUAAUUUCUGUCUGUGGAAAUUUUGCCAGAAAUGUUUAAACAUUUACACUAUCCUUUCUGUAUCUCUUCAAUUUCUUCCAUCUUGCUUGACUUCAAACAACUGAAAUACACAACCGAGACUGUCCCAUUUAUAUGGAGCUAGUAAGUGCCACUUGCCCAGCACUGUACACUAACCAGACACUUGCACAGUGCUACUACAGCACUGUGACAGCAGCUGGGAAGUUGCAGCUCAUUGCAAAUGAAGAAAUUUUUUUCAGUGUUGAUCAUCCCACCUCACAAAUGGCCCAUUUAAGAUUACAUUUUUUUUCUGUAUACAUCUAAUUAUUAAAGCAUUAUUUGACAUGAACUGUAAUGCUGCUGCUAAGUCACUGACAGAAUUUAAUCAGUUUUCAUUUGCAAGGUAUUUCAAAUAGGAAGGGAUUAAUUUGAUAGCUUAUUUCUAGGUUGCUAUAAACCCUCUAAUGCAUUUAAACAAUUUGAAUUCAAAGAAAGCAAAGCAAAUUAUGGGAAAAUCAGAGUCACUUUCCUUCUUCUGCAUUUGGUUGGGUUUUUGUUGUGCUGGGGGUUUGUUUUGUUGUUUUCUUGGGGUUUUUUUCCCUUUUUUUUCUGAAACCAAAAUAUGGAAUUUACAUGACUGAAUCCUUCUGCAGUGCCUUUGAAGGACCCUGCUGCAGACUGAACUGGUCAGAACUGUGUGGCUUGUGCAACAGAUGCUUAAUCCAGGCAAUGCUGCUGGAUUAACAUCCAGACUCUGGGAAUCCUAAAUGGGAUACUGUAGAUGGGAAAGAUGCCUGUCAGCUCUCCAAGAUUCCUCUCUUCCUGUUUCUUCACAUCUGCAGAUUCUCCAUAGGCGGAUGGAGAAGUUUUCUUGGACUGUAUGUUGUAAACAAACACGUGUCAUCACCCUCCCCUUUUUAAACAAAAGAUAAUUUUAGCUUGUUGCCUCUAAGGAAGCUGAAGGCAGAGAAGCAGAGUGGUCUUUUAUGUGUAUUAUAUUUAAAUAACGCACUUUUACCUGACGAUUACUGUUAAACACUGUGUUAAGUGAUUGUAAAGAGAUUUAAAUAUACUGUAACUUCCUUUGCAUAUCUGUUUAACUUUGGUGAAUAUACACAAAACACUCAAAAUUAUUUAUGGUUUCUCUACAUUAACAAAAUAAUGUACAAUAGCUGAGUACACCUUACUGGUAGUGAGACCUUGGCAAGGAACAACAUUUUCUUCUUAUAAAUUUAGUUUUCCAGGCUUGUGUUUAAAGACAGAAUAUUUAUGAUCAUGUUUUAAAGUGCAUACCAUUGUAUAGUAUAUUUAUCAUAUACUACUUUUUAGAAAACGCAGAUUUUUUUUAUCUUUCUCUGGAUUUAGAGGAAAAAAAUAUUAGAACUUUUCUAGUUCUUUCUUUUCAGCACAAGAUUUUUAAUACCCAGUACUGACCAAAUUCAAAACAAUGCAUUAAUAAGUGUAAUAUUUCAAAAUUUUGAAUUCAAACCACAUUUUUCCAUGUAGUCAGGAACUGUCUUUUUACUUGUCUGUUAAACCCAGAGAGUAUAAAGGACUUUACACAAUAACUCUUGACAAUUCUGUUUACAUAGAAACACUGUUGUGAAGUUUUAUGUGUGCUGAUUUCAUCUUUUGUUAUCUAAGUUAGUUAUGGUCGUCUCUUUUUUUUUCCUUCCAUGGGAGUUACUGAUGUGUUUAGUUAUUUAAAAUAAUCCAUUACAGGGGCACAAAUUAAACAACUGCUGCCAUCAGCCAUCCCUUUGAUCUCCACAAGAAAUGUGUCUGUGGGGAACAAACUACUCUGCUCAUGUUUUUGUUUCACUAAAGCAAGCCCUAAACAAAGGAAAAGAAGUUACAGGCAGUAUGACAGCUAAUGCCCCCACCAUAAAUAAGUGAAAUUAAAGAAAACAAAGUUAUUAACUGGCAUAUAAACAAGCAGACAGAACCUGCAUUCUGUCACCAGAAACUGUGAAGUCUUUCACUAUACACUACGGAAAAUACCUAUAAAGUAGCCAUUUACCAAAGCAAGAACUGCCCUCUUGAGGUCACUUCCAGCUUUCAGAAAAAAAGAACCAGAGACAUAAAAAGGUCAAAUUUCUCAGAGACCAUGCACUUCCCACUGCUCAUCUUUCACAAAAGUAAAGUUUUGAACUUAUGUACCAAAGCAGCAUUUUGCAAAUCAGCAACAUGACUCAACUCAAGCCCCAGUUCCCUGUGAGGGACAUGUGCUCCCUGCCCAAGGAAAAGACUGAGCCUGAGCAAAAUGUUAAGUGACAACUUACACAAAGUUCUAUGCACUUUGCUUUGGAAUACUUUGGAAUUACUGGGAAGUACAUCAACCUGCUGCACAAUUCAACUACUGCAAUGAUUUUUGAAAAUGUUUCUUCAUUCUCUGUUAUUCUAAAACAGUAACAGUUUGAUGUCACUGAGAAAUUUUUCCUGGCAUUUUAAAAACAACACUUAAUGUCCUGUAGUUUGCCCUUACCUGUUUGGCUUUUUCUUUUUUGUUGGUGUGUUUUUUUGGGAUUUGGGGGUUUUUUAUCUUUAUAGGCUGUGAAAAUUUUUACUAUCGCCUGUAAUAUCACAGUAUGGCAGACACCCUUGCUAAUUAGUUGGAUUCAACAUAGAAAGUUCUUAUACCCAUGUUGUCAUCCACUAGGGCUUUUCUGUCACAGAUAUAAAAAAAACAAAAAAAAAAAUCAUGGGGAAGCAAAGGGGACACCAGUAGUCAUGUGUUAGUAGUUGUGCACCACAGGCCUAACACUAGCCUGAAGCCUUGUGGGCAUUUAAAAUCAGCAGUUUUGUACUAUUUCUGCUAACACAAUUUUUCUAGCUGUGGAAAUAGCUUAUUUAAGUAUCUCCAUUAUCAAUCACAGUCAAAACCUCCUUUGUCUGCUGUUUAUCACAGUGAAAGAGAAUAGCAAAAUAUUUGGUUUUUUAUUGAAAAACCCUAACUUUGUAGGCCUGUAGACAUCUGGAACUGUGUACGGUUAAUGAACUUGCUCCAGUAUUUUCAUUAAAGUACAUGCAUCACUUAAUAUAAUUUAAAGUUUAGGUAUUGGCAAAUAUUCAGGUAAACUUUUCUUGGUGAAACAUGAUACACUUUGGGGUGAAUUUGGGAAAGAACUGCACUGCUCUUCCUCUUGCUGGUUCUAAGUAGUGGAAAUACAAUACAACUUGAAGCAUUAAAGAGCAAGGGGGAGUUGUUAACUUCUGUGAAAGCUCAGUUAAAGAGCUUUCAUGUGCUAAGUUGUUAUGCUAAUAGGAAUGUUUAUUCUGUUUAGCCACAGAUUUUAUUUCUGCAGGAAUCUGUCCACACAUUCCUAUGACAAAACUGACAAAAAUAACUUCAUCUUUUUCCAUGCUUUUGGCUGAGUAUGGACAUAAAUUAGGAAAAUACAUUCAUUUUUACACUACAAACUAUUUACAGGAAGCAGCUUCCAGGAUAAAGUUUGAAAGAAAGGAAUGUAAAUAAUCAACAUCUUCCAGAAACAUGCAGUCUCUGAGCAGUAGCAGGCCUUGCACUGCACACUUUUCAGGUGGAAAUCUCUUGCUUUCUCCUGCUCUGUUGCCUAUUGACAAAAACAAAAAAACUUUUUAUUCUGUACUAUUUAAAAACUGCUACUUUUCUUUCCCUGUGCAGUACGUGGUGCUUGCAGUGUGUGACUGUAAGGGCCAAAAGCUGGGCAGUGCCAGCUCCUGUGUGCACGCAGAGCUCUGCUUGUAGGAACUGGGGCACUCUAGGAGCUGCUUCCUCUGCCACCCAAAGGCUUCCUGGUCCUGCCCCACUGACCCCAGGAAGAGCAGUCAGGACACUAAAAAAUACUAUCUCAAGUUCUUGGUUUUUUAAGCCUAGUGACACCCUUUUCCUUGCUUACAAAUAUUACUAGGUGAGGUGUCUGAAUAGCUGCUUUUAGGAAGGUGUCUGCUUCCAGAACUCACAGGCUUUUGAGAAUUAAACAUUUCAACGUGGAAAUAUCUAAGUAUUUCAAGAACAUUUUCUCUUCCAUUCGUAGUUUAUUUUUCAAAAAGAGAAAACCUUGCUGGUAGCUUUACAGGCUAAGUCUGCAGCUUCUGAUCCUCAGCUGUCUGUUCUGCUCUUCAACUGCUUCAAUUAACAUCUGAUUUUUAAUCACGGUCUGUUACUAUUCCACUAAAAAACUCAGUUUACUUUUAGGGUAGCCCACUAAAUGUACCAAUGAUGGCAAUUUUUUCCUGUCUGUGAUGAAUAUUUUGUAACUUAAAUAGUGAUAGACAUUUGGCAGAGUUAGCAAAUUAAACACAAAAAUAAAUAGCAGAAAAUAGAUUUUGCUCCAAUAGAUGUGUAAGCUCUUCAGAGUGACUUGUACAGUUGUCUUCCUCUGCCUCUUCAAGCAUGUCAAAAUAUUCUGACAAUGCAACAUCACUAUGUGCCAGUCUUUUAUGUUUGGAGACUAUCUAAAAUAAGCAAUUUUAAAAGUGACUUUUCCACCUGGACUGUUUUCUCUCUGCUGACUUGAAUAAACUGUAUUUGUAUAUGUUGUAAAAAAAUAAAUGGUUUAAGAAGUUGAA